GGAAUCAGCCACACUUGAUUGCACCCCUAACUCAUUUUCACCACUUCACUUUGAGCUUAUGUGCUUCCUUUUAUAUAUAAUCUCAUUUCACACUCUCUUUGAGAAUACACAGUGAAAACUUCAGGUAUUUUUUUUUUUUUUUUUUGCAGGAUAUGGCUGAGAGAAAGAGAAGGAAACUUAAGUUGUUAGCUGAAACAAUAAAUUUGGAUGAAAAAAAAGCAACCGAGGAGGAGGAGAGUUUGAAGCUACAAACGUGGGCUGAUCUUCCUGUGGAACUUUUGGAAUUGAUUCUGUGCCACCUAACACUAGAGGACAAUGUUCGAGCUUCUGCUGUAUGUAGGAGGUGGCAUAAGGUUGCAGUUGCAGUCCGGGUGGUUAACCAAUCACCGUGGCUUAUGUACUUUCCAAAAUAUGGUAGCUUGUAUGAGUUCUAUGAUCCAGCAGAGCGUAAAACCUACUCUCUCGAGCUGCCAGAGCUGCAAGGAUCCAGGGCUUGUUACACCAAAGAUGGUUGGUUGUUGCUGUACCGACCCAGAAAUCAUGGUGUAUUCUUCUUUAAUCCCUUCAAUCGGCACAUGAUUAAGCUUCCCAGAUUUGAGUUGACAUAUCAGAUGGUUGCCUUCUCUGAUGCCCCAACAUCGGACCUGUGUGUGGUUUUUACGAUUAAGCACAUCAGUCCUACUGUUGUCGCUAUUAGCACAUGUCGUCCUGGGGAUUCUGAGUGGACCACCGUUAAUCACCAGAACCGAUUGCCGUUCGUUAGUAGCAUUUGGAACAAAAUGGUAUUCUGCAGUGGAAUGUUCUAUUGUCUUAGCCUCACUGGUUGGUUAGGGGUCUAUGAUCCGCUGCUGCGCGCUUGGAGUGUUCUUCAUGUGCCUCCUCCGAGAUGCCCUGAGAACUUUUUUGCCAAAAAUUGGUGGAAAGGAAAAUUUAUGGCAGAGCACGAUGGAGAUAUUUUAGUUAUCUAUACUUGUAAUACUGAGACCCCCAUCAUAUUCAAACUGGAUCAUUCCGAAAUGGUAUGGGAAGAAAUGCAAACCCUUAACGGUGUGACGCUAUUUGCUAGUUUCUUGUCAUCUCAUUCAAGAACUGAACUCCCUGGUGCAAUGAGGAACGUUGUCUACUUCUCUAAAGUUCGGUUCUUUGGAAAGCGAUGCAUAUCAUACUCGGUUGAUGACCGUAGAUACUACCCUCGCAAAGAGUGCCAUGACUGGGGAGAACAAGAUCCGUUCGAGAACAUAUGGAUCGAACCACCCCGAGAUGCAUCCUUGAAUUGAACAUCAACACUGGUAGUAGUAGUCCAAGUAAGUAUAUGUUUAAAGCUGUUACAACAUAUAAACCUAGUUAUAUUUUACAACAUCCAUGAAAUGGUUGUUGAUGCUUUCUAUAGAAUAAUUGCUUAUGAAUGAGUUGAUCAUGUAAUGACCAUGUUUGGUACAAACUCCAUUGGUGCUCUUUGCUUUUUAGGGAAGAACAUUGUUAUGCUCUUCAGAGAUUUCAGUUAAUCUUAAUUUACCUUUCUUUGUUAUUUUACAUAUGAAA